AUGAAUUGAAGAUGAGUGAGCCAUACCUCGGUUCAUCUAGUGGAAGAUUCGCCGACCACCAAUGGCAACGACGGAGGCAAUAACAAUGAGGUGCCGAGAGUGAGGAUGAAGGAUGUUCAGGGAAUGCCUGGUACACUAGACGGGCUUGUGUUGCUGAUAUGUCAGUUUUCUUUUGCAGUCGUGGGACUUUGUGUUAUGGCUACCACUAGUGAUUUCCCUUCAGUCAUUGCCUUUUGCAACCUUGCUGCAACUGGCUUGCAGAAUUUGUGGAGCUUAUCGUUUGCUGUUAUUAACAUUUAUGCCCUUUUAGUGAGGCAUUCCUUACAGAAUUCUCGUGUUGUUACUUUGUUUACCAUAGGUGAUGGAAUCACAUCCACUCUCACAUUUGCUGCAGCUUGUGCUUCUACCGGCAUUACCGUUCUCAUCGACAACAAUCUUGAUAAUUGUGUCCAACACCAUUGCACUCAGUUCAAAAUCUCCACUAUAAUGGCCUUCGUUUGCUGGUUUACUGCAUUACCUUUGUUUCUCUUGAACUUUUGGUUACUUGUAUCUCGAUAG